GCUGAGGAAACCUUUUUGGCGAAACCACGGACUAUCUCGGUCGAUGAUGAAUUCACUGGCUCCUCAUAUUUUGAAGCGUAUCGAGGGACUGUUCGAACUUCCAACUUGACUUUAUCUUCACUAAACAUCCUACCCCCCUCCACCCUUGACAAGGCACGGCAAGAGUUGACCGACCCACUUGUGGAACAACAACAAUAUCUCGUCGAUAGGGUCAAAGAUAGGUUUCAGGAGCUUUCGUUUCUGCUGGUAAGUGGCCAGUCGUUGCUGUUUCAUGGCUAUGGAUCCAAGAAAACUUUACUAGAUGACUUCGCUACCCACCAAUCGCAGUUUUCCACCGUUCUGGUGGUAAACGGUUUCAACCCGACUAUAGGCCUUCGGUCCGUCUUGAGUCAGAUAUCGGUUGACGUACUGCGUCUGGGGCAAAACCAUGCAAGGCGCUCAUUACUCGACUACGUCGACGCAAUUCACGAGGGCAUCGGGAAUAAAUAUGUUACUCUCGUCGUGCACAACAUCGACGGUUCGUCCCUGCGCUCCGAGGAUAGUCAGAAGGCCCUAGCCAUGCUUAGCCGUAUCAACAAUAUAUUCAUUGCUGCCAGCGUGGAUCAUGUGAAUGCACCACUACUGUGGGACGGUGUGACCUAUUCCAAGUUUGCAUGGGCUUGGGUGAAAGCGGAUACAUUCAUACCGUAUGACGUAGAAACCGUGUAUUGUUCUAAGCCGCUUCUACGAGGAGGUGGCGAACGACAAAUUGAGGGGGCUAUCGCACUUCUCAGAUCCUUAUCAGAACGUGCCCGCAAGGUGUUCCGGCUGUUGGCAGAAAGACAGACCGGGGGAGAGGCUCUUAUGAGAGAGACAGAAGAAGCUUCACGAAAAGGGACUCAACUGCGAACCACCUUUAAUGACCUUUUCGAACAAUCGAAGUGUCAAUUUCUCGUCUCUGAACCUGCUACAUUGCAGGUUAUUCUCACGGAAUUGGAAACACAUCAGCUUCUCGAGUCUCGACGUGGAGUUGAUGCCGCUGCCCAGCUUGUCAUUCCUUUGCAAAUAUCGCAGCUGCGUGUUAUUUUGAAAGAUAUAGCCCCAACAACGUAG